AUGAAAAUAUACCGUUGUGGCAAAUGGAGACGCGUGAAAAACAUCGCACAUCAUCUCUUUUGCGAGGAAGAUCUGUACGGCAUUUUAGGAGUUGAUCGGUCGGCUUCGGCUAGAGACAUCAAGCAGGCCUACAAGCAACUGGCCAAGGAAUGGCAUCCAGACAAAAACAAAAGCCCUGAUGCAAAUGAGAAAUUUAUGAAAAUAAAUGAGGCUUAUGAGACAUUAAGUGAUGAAGACAAACGAGAAGAAUACGAUAAAUUUGGGACCACGAGCUCCAACGCCCAGGAGAGACAUCAUCGAAAUCCUUUCGGCGGGGGAGGGUUCGAAGGUUUCACUUUCCAUUUUGGCCAGGGAGGUCCAUUCCAUUUCAACUUCCAAGACAAUGGAAACUCAGACCUAUACAGCAAAUACAAAAUCAACUCCUGGAUGUACGAGAGUGUGAUCCUACCAGAGAGUACCCAUAAACCAUUCUUCAUCUACGCCUACACUGACUUCUGCUUCAAGUGCAUGGAGGUCGCCCAGGUUUGGCAACAAUUCGUCCUUGACCUUGAAAAGUUAGGAUUAGGCAUUGGCACGAUGAAUGCAAACAGCAACCCCAGCCUGAGUCGACAGUUGAUGUUGAGGAGCGUGCCAAGCAUCACCGUCGUCAUCAACAGAAAACUCAUCAAGUUCAACAAAAACUUUGAGCUGACAGCUGAUUCGCUGACCUCCUUCUUGUUGGACCAAUCAGAUAGCAAGGUGAAGGUCGUCAUGCUUGACAACAGGAAGCAGAUGUGUUUGAGGUUCGUCGUGGCCACGUUCGCUUACAAGGAGUUCAUCAGCUCUGCCUACCUCAACAUCGAUAACAUUCCCAGGGACCAUGCAGUGCAGUCAUUCCUACGAAAGCACAAAAUAGUGAGAGGCCAGGAGAACAUGCUGAUAUUUAAAGAGGGGGAGGAGCUAGAACCUGUCAAUCAAUUUACUAUGUCUGAAAUCAGCCACAAGAUGAUGAAGGAGAUGAUUGAAUCCAACAAGUUCCCCUUAGUUCCUAGAAUAAAAAACAAGCAAACAUUCGAUCACGUUUGUCCUGUUACUAAUCUUAAGAAAUACUGCAUACUACUCCUCCUAAAAGACAGUUCCGAUUACGAGAACUUUGCGACGUCAUUCCAGCAAUAUUCCAUUAAGAACUUGCAACCAAAGGUGGCAUCUAGCAGCAGCAGCGGCGUCGCCAUCAACUUCGGCUACCUGUACGCCGAUGUGCAAAGUCAACUGGUCUCCAUCGUUUCCAAUGGUGAAGGACCUGAGGAUAAUGAUAGGAGGAAGAUACUGGCGAUGCAUAGGAGAGCCAAUAAAGACACCAGAUACACUAUACUGCCGGCUGGCUGGAAAAGGGAUGUACCAGUUAACAACAACAAUAAUAAUAAUAAUAACGGUGGUAGUGUUGAGGAUGAUGGCGGCAUUGAAGCUCUUGAUAGUUUCGUUGAGAGGUUGUUGUCGCCAGUGGCGUCGUCGUCGAGCUUGUGGAAGUGGACUUGGAAGCAACAGAUCGAUGUCGCCGAUGAGUCAUCUGAGGGUAUCAUAAUGAGAUACGUGUACAUGUGCAUUGAGUUCAUUCAAGAUGGUUGGGACUAUAUCACUGUGCAUAUCAGCCAAGAUGAGAUGAUGAUAGUGAUGUUCAUGAUGACUGCCGUCUUCGUGAUCUCAGUCAUCCUGAUAACGAAGGUCAUGUCGACGCUUGGGGGUUCCGGCCGAAACAACCAAAGAUAUAAAUAUCGACAAGAUAACACUCGGAAGUGGGACGACGUUAACAAACAUAAUAACAAAAAUAAUAAUGAUAAUUAUAACUUUGGCAGUACAAAUGAUCGUAAUAAUGUUAGUAAUAAUAAUAAUGAUGGCGGUCGUAGCAGUCCUGGUGAUGAUGAAAACUCGAGUAGCAAGAAUUAUAUGAACAACCAUCAGCAUGGAAAUAAGGAAGCGGCCAUCGAGGAGUUGAAUGGAUCGAGUUACGAGAGGCUGCUGCUGUCCAGUGGUCGAGGGUGGCGAUUGGUUGUUGUGUUUGUCGCGGAAGAUGUUACAACAGCCAACCAGAAGAGGUUGUUGGCGAAGUUCAAGGAUGUCGUUGCUGCUUAUUCUAGCCCACACUACAGGUUCAAAUUCUCUUACCUCCGCCUCACACGACCGCACAUCUCCUGGUGCAUGAAGAUUGCCGGAAGUGACGUCAUCCCGGAAAACCAAAUUCUGGAAUUCCCUCACCGGACCGUCGAACUCCUUCUCUCCGGAAUGGUGUUUGUUUUGAAUGCCUGGCAGAAAUGUUAUCACGUGUUCUGGUCGGCUGGCCGUUCUUUUGCUGCUACUACCAAUGAUGAUGUUGGUGACGUCAGCGCGGCUGGCUUUUUAGGAUUCCAAAACGAUGGUGACAGUGAAGAUGACGCCGACGACGACGAUGGUGGUGAUAGUUUGAGGAAGCAGUUGAACGGCAGGCUGGCGAAGUUGGAACAUUUUGUGAACGCCGGGGACGAUGGCAGAGGCGAUUGUCUGAAAUACGACUUUCUUCAUAAUUUCGAUAUCUGGCUGGAGAAAUUAUGCGAGGGAACCUGCCCCAAAUAUCGCGUGUCUGAUUGGCCCGAACGAAUGACAUAGUUAAUUUUUAUUGGCCGGUUUUUUGUGAACAAAUUAAUUUGUUUAGUCUUCUAUUAUUUCUGUCUUCGAUGAUUUACUAAUCAUCGAGUUAAAAGUUAGUUAUUUAUUGUUCUAAUGUAUAUUCAUUGAUUGGUUGAUUGAUUGAGUGGCAUUUUAAUAAUUCGUUGGUUGAUUAAUGAAUUGUUUCUAUAAAAAUGUAACAUUGUUCUGUCUGAUAUAAAACUGUUGUACAAUCUCUUUAUUAGUUUAUUUCUUUGUUUAUUUCUUUGUUCAUUGCACAUAAUUUAAAUUAUUUAAAUGUUAAUUCAUUCAUUUUAAAUCUCCUCUCAGUUAUUCAUUCAUUCACUCACUCAUUCACUCAUUCAUCCAUUCACCGUUUAUUUGUGUGCGUGCUUGUGUGUGUGAUGUUCGUCUCGAUUGAAAUACAUAUGUUGUACAUAAUCACAAAACAAUGCAAAAUAACUUUCUGGUAUUUGUAUUAAUUACUCAAUUUAUACCCAAUGUAUUGUACUGUACUGAUACUUAUUUGUAUAUAUAUAUAUAUAUAUAUAGAGAGAGAGAGAGAGAGAAAGAAAGAGAGAGAGAGAAGAGAGAGGGAUAUUCUUAAACUUAUAAUAUUUAUAAAUUUCUAUUUAACUAAUCGUUAAAUUAUUUUAUAAUUAUAAUUUAUUAUUAUUAUGAUUUUUCUAGUUAUAAUUAUUGAAUUUGUAAACUUUCCCAAUUUGUGAUUGAUUAAUGGAUUGAAAUAAUAAAUAAAUAUUUAUUUGAUGAAUGAUUGAAGCUGAUAAGAACAUCUGUUACUCUUCUUA